AUGGCUUACAAAAAUAGAGAUACCCCUUAUUUCAGAAGAUAUGCUGCAGAGUACUGCCAUGAUAGAUAUGAUACCCAUAUAGAAUUAGACUGGUAUUAUGAUGCAUUUCAAUAUUUCAUCAGGAAUGCAACUGGCCAGUCUGAAAUAACAUCAAGUUUUGGAUCUAUUAAAGUUCCAGUGAGAUUUCUGCCUCAUUCCAUGGAUCUUUUUCUCGAAUCUACAGCCAACUACUUGGGAAAUUAUGAUAAUUCUAUUUGGUAUGGUAUAUCUGUGGUUGGGUUCUGGGUAAUAGUCUUAUUAGUUGCAUUCGCUAGUAAUUGGAUCAAAGUGUUAUUCCCAGGUGAAACCAAGGAAUUGGUUGGACCAAUUGCCAACACUUAUCGGAAAUAUAUUGCAAUGCCCGCUUUAUAUGGCAAAAAAAGAAACCAAGAGAUAGGUUGGAAGAUCUUUGGUUCAUUGGUUCCAACUCGCUUUGAGUUUAUAACAAUCUCAUUAUUUUACAUCUUGAUUAUUAUUAUCCAUGCAAUAAACAUGGAAGCACUUGAAAAUGAUCCUAUGUUUGAUUCUUACUAUAGAGCACAGAUUAGAUACGUUGCGGAUAGAGCUGGAAUUAUUUCUUUAUUCAUGUUGCCAUUAAUAUUGUUGUUUUCUGGUCGUAACAAUCUUUUGCAGUGGAUUUGUGGGAUUAAUUACUCUACUUUCCUUUGCUAUCACCGUCAUAUUGCUAGAGUGAUGGUAAUGUUAGUUGUGAUUCAUUCAGUCAACUUUACUAUUUACCUUAAUGAUUAUGAUGAAUUAUUAGAGGAAUCUUGGUUCUACUGGGGUAUUGUUGCAACUACUAUUGGAGGAUCAAUGUUAUGGCAAAGUAUUCUUUAUAUUAGAAGAAAUUGGUACGAAUUAUUUGUUCUCGUUCAUUUAUUGAUGGCAGUGUUUUAUUUGGUAGGGGCUUGGAUGCAUGUUUAUGAGUUUGGGUAUCAAAUUCUUCUCUAUCCAUCUUUUGCAGUUUGGGGAUUUGAAAGAUUGGUUAGAGUGUGUCGCUUGUUUUAUUUUGGAUUCCCUAAAGUAGAUGUCAAGUUAGUAGGCGAUGAGACAAUUAAAUUAAUAAUCCCAAGACCAAAAACUUGGAAACCAACUCCCGGUGGACAUGCUUUUAUCCAUUUCUUGCAACCAACUUAUUUCUGGCAAUCACACCCAUUUACUUUUACAAACUCCUUCAAAGAUGAUGAUGGAAAGCUUGUAAUUUAUGUGAAAGUUAAAGGUGGUGCUACUCAUAGCCUAUAUCAAAUGUUGAACAAAUCACCAGGAAAAAUGGUUACAAUGCGAGUAGGCGUUGAUGGUCCCUAUGGAGAAUCAACCCCAGCCAAGUAUUCAGAUAAGGCAGUUUUCAUUGCUGGUGGUAAUGGUAUUCCAGGCAUUUACUCCGAAGUUGUUCACAUUUCUAACAGAUUCUCUCGUGAAAGCAAGUCAAUCUUGAAGUUAAUUUGGGUAAUCAGAGAUUAUGGCUCUAUAUUUUGGUUCUAUGAUGAACUUGUGAAGUUGAAAAACGUUAAUAUUGAAACUACUAUUUAUGUCACUCGUCCAGACAACAAAUUUUCCACGGUUAAUGCCUUUAAUAAAACCGAAAGUUCACAAGAAGGCUCUAUCAAGUCUGAAUAUGAAGAAACCAAAUCUCAAACAUCUGAUGGCGAAGAAAACAAGUCUCAAACAUAUAAUAGUGAAGUUGCUGUUAAUAAAUUGAAAUCAAAAGGAGAAUUGGCGCAUAUACACUUUGAAGAGGGGAGACCAAACAUUGAAGAGAUAAUUAGACAAGAAAUUAAAGAAUCACCAGGAUCUGUUUCAUUUGUUGCUUGUGGACAUCCGAUUAUGGUUGACGAAGUUCGUUAUCAAACUUGUAAGAAUAUAGAUAAUCGCGAGAAGAAGAGAGUUGACUUUUACGAACAACUUCAAGUGUGGGCUUAG